AUGGUCAAUGCCGACCCCAGGGACUCGUCUGACGGCAAUUGGAUCGUACAGAAGUUUGGUGGUACAAGCGUCGGCAAGUUCGCCUUGAAUAUCAUUGACCAGGUCGUUCUUCCAAGUCUUUCAGUUCAUCGUGUCGCUGUGGUUUGUUCAGCGCGAAGCAGUUCGACCAAAGCUGCUGGUACCACAAACCGUUUGCUGCGAGCAGCGCGGGAUGCAGAAGACGCUCUAUCUCAACAAUAUGCCUCUCUUGUCGAGGCCGUACGGCUAGAACAUGCUCAGGUGGUCCACGACCAAAUUCAGUCAAACGCACUCAAGUCACAGCUGGUGUCCGACAUAAACGCCGAGUGUGACAAAGUACUCAAGGUUCUGGAGGCCGCACAAACCCUCGGAGAGAUUAGCGCAAGAUGCAUCGAUAAGGUAAUCAGUACGGGGGAGAAGCUGAGUUGCAGACUUAUGGCUGCGUUUCUGGAAGAUCGGGGGGUGAAGUCGCAGUAUGUGGAUCUGGCUGAGAUUAUUGAUUUUCCUAUCUCCAGCCAGGGUCUUGAUCAAGACUUCUAUAACAAUCUGGCUGCUGCUCUUGGGAGAAAAAUUGCAGAUUGCGAAGAUAGGGUCCCUGUUGUCACUGGAUUCUUUGGGACUGUGCCUGGUGGUCUUCUUGAUCAGAUCGGACGUGGUUACACUGAUCUCUGUGCUGCUCUAGUUGCCGUGGGGAUCAAAGCAAAGGAAUUGCAGGUUUGGAAAGAAGUGGAUGGCAUUUUCACAGCGGAUCCACGAAAAGUGCCGACUGCGCGCCUGCUUUCUGCGAUUACCCCGGCUGAAGCAGCUGAGUUAACCUUCUAUGGCUCGGAAGUGAUACACCCUUUUACCAUGGAGCAAGUCAUCCGCGCUAAAAUUCCAAUUCGCAUAAAGAACGUCAUGAACCCGCGGGGAGACGGUACUAUUAUCUUUCCCGAUUCUUCUAGUGAGCUUGAGAAGACGACCCCUGGCCAUGAUCCAAGGUUGUUCCGUACCCGGAGUCCGAGUCUUGUGCAGCGGCCAAAGCGCCCUACGGCUGUGACAAUCAAACACAAGAUUCUCGUUAUCAACGUACACUCUAACAAACGAUCACUCUCGCAUGGUUUCUUUGCGGGAAUAUUCUCCGUGCUCGAUCGAUGGAGGCUUUCCAUUGAUUUGAUCUCGACAAGCGAGGUGCAUGUUUCAAUGGCUCUUCAUUCUGAACUGCCACUUCUCAACGGGACCGGAAGGGACGAAUAUCAAAUCAUUGAUGAUGACCUCAAAGGGGCUAUCCUGGAUCUGCAAAAAUAUGGGACUGUCGACAUCAUACCUGAGAUGGCCAUUCUUAGUCUUGUCGGAAAGCAGAUGAAGAAUAUGAUUGGAGUCGCAGGACGGAUGUUCUCGACUCUGGGCGAAAACAACGUUAACAUCGAAAUGAUCUCCCAAGGUGCAAGCGAGAUUAAUAUCUCUUGUGUUAUCGAAGAGAGAGACGCCGAUCGCGCCCUAAACAUAAUUCAUACCAGCAUGUUCACCUUUUUAGACUAG